AUGAAUGUUAAUUUAAUAUGUCCAUAACAUAAAUAACAAGUACUCUAAGCUUGCCUUGAUUUAGAAUGCCAAGUUUUUCCUUUUAUGUGUUAAAUAUGCAUGAAUGAAUAAUCAACCCUUUCUUAACAUAUGAAACAUAAUCAAUUUGUCAUCCCUUAUCCACAAUAUAUUACUUAGAUGAGUAAAACUAUUCAAAAUAACAUUAACGAUGCUUAAUCAUUCAAUGAUCUCUUUAAAUAAGAAUCUGAAGUAAUAUAACAACUGUUAUCAUCUGAUGAACAUCUCAAUAAUAUUGAGACUUUUAUUUCAAAAUUGAAACAUUAAAUUGAUUCUGAUAUCAAAUUAGCAUUAAAUUCAUUGAUCAAGUUCUUUGAUUCAUAGAAAAUUGAACUAUUUAAUAAACUUGAUUCAUAUCUACAAAUUUAUAAAAACAACUUUUUCUUAUUAAAAGAAUAAAUUGAACCAAUCCACUUUCUUUUGAAUAAAUGUAAAUAUUAUGCAAAUGAAAAUAACUUUAAAGUAACGUAUAUACAAUAUUUAGUAAAAAUUACACACUAAACCUGAUUUAGGUUCUUAAGUCAAGAUUUCUAUCAAAUAACUGUAAUUAAAGUAACUGCAAAUGUUAAAAUUAAAUUGUGAAAUUUUCAAAAAAUCAUAAGAGAUAAAAUAAAAUAGUUCUUGUUUAAAUUAAUUAAUAAAUGAUACUCAAAAAUCAAUAAUUGAAUAUUUUAGUAAAAAUAUAUCUAUUCCUACAUCAACUAUGUUAGAAAUAUCUCCCUAAUCCAAUAAUUAAUCUUUUACACCAAUUAAAAGUAAAUCUUUAGAAUUGUCUCAUAUUGAAAAAACAGCUUUAUAAGAUGAUAACAAAAUAGCAAUUUAAUCUUUUGAUUCUAAAAUACAAUUAUCUAAUUUAUUACCUAUUUCAAAUAUUCCAAAGUUUCAUGCUUAAGUAAUAGAUUAAAGAAUCAUAUAAGAAUAAAACUAAAAAAAAGUAAUUUAUAAUAUUCUAAAUAUAAUUUAUAGAUUCAUCUGAGUGCAAAAUUCAGGAUUAAGAAAAAGUUAUGCAUUGAAUUCCUUGUUUAAACUAUUGCUCUUGUUAAUAAUUCUUAUGUAGCACUUGGUUUAGUAGAUGGAUCUGUAAAACUCUUAGACAUGAACACAAGUAAAAUUAGUUUUUAUCCUAACACCUAUAUUCAACAUUAAAAACCAGUCAAUCAAAUAAUUUUAUUAAAAUAAAAUAAGGGAACAAGAUUACUAUCAAUUAGUGAAGAGAAUUUUGCUAUACUUUGGACUUUAGGUGAAAAUUAUGUACCUUAUCCAGAGAAAAAAAUAGUUUGUUUUAAAUAAAAAUUAAAUCAUAUAAUGGAUUUUGCUGAUUCAUUUCAUAUACUUUGUUAAAGUGACAAUAAUUUAUAAAUAAUAAAUUAUUAAGAAAAUAGAAUAGUUCAUUCUUUUGAUUUUAAAAGUUAAUUAGUAGAAUUUUUAUAUUUGAGUAAACAUGAGAAAUUUGCAACAAUUUCAUAAGGAAAUAUUGUUUCAAUAUAUAGUUUAAAAUUAAGUAUUAAUACAUAAAAUAUAACAUAAUUGGUGAAUUGUGAAUUAGAAUCAAUUUAACCAGCAAUUCCAAUUUCAAAUAUAAAUACAUGUAUUGGAGUAGAUUUUGAGAAUGAAAUAAUAAUAUGUUAUGGAUGUUCAAAUGGAUAAGUGAAAUUAUAUAAUGUUUUUAAGAAUAGUUUAUUAGGAGAAUAUUAAGUAAUUUAUAAAUAAAAAAAUAAUGAUAGGUAUUUAAUAAUGGAAUAAAAGAAAUGAUAGUUUUAAAAUAAGAGAAUUAAUUUGUUUUAGUAGUUUUUGGUGAGAAUAGUAGAUAAAUAAAAGGUGUUUUGUAUUAAAAAAAUAAAGUACUAGAGUUAGAUAGAUAUGGAGAAUUGCUUGAUUGUAUUAGUAAGAAUGGAAAGAAUGUGAUUUAGUAAACAGUUAUAAAAAAUAAAAAUGGAAUAUAUAUAUUGAGUGAUACAUAAAAAGAUAUUGGAUUAUAUGAAUUAUGUUGA